UUAAUCUUGUCCACGAGCAAUUUAUGCUUAUUUAGUUUAUAGUGUGCUGCUGCUCAUUAUUCCUCCCGAUUUUUUCCAUCAUUUCCUCUACAUAUUUUGCUUUUAUUUCAAUAUUUUAUAUUUAUGUAAUCUUCAGCAAUAAUGUUGCCGAAUCAGGUUAGGGUAGAUAAGAAUCCGUACUCUGAAGAUGUGUUAAAUCAGUUCAACUCGGAGUGGAACGGAUUCGUAGACUCAAAGGAACAUGAACCUGAUGAGGAUUCCGGCGAAGAUAAGUCGAAUAACUAUAGAAACACAGAUGUAUAUUUUAAUUCAUAUUCAUACAUUGGAAUCCAUGAGGAAAUGCUCAAAGAUUCCGUUAGAACAGGUAUUUAUUACAAGACCAUUAUGACAAACCAACACCUGUUUCGAGAUAAGGUUGUCUUGGAUAUUGGAUGUGGAACUGGAAUCUUAUCUCUCUUUUGUGCAAAGGCGGGAGCAAAGAAGGUUUACGCCAUAGAUAACAGUAGCAUUAUUGGUUUGGCAAGAAAAAUCACCAAAGUCAAUGGGCUGUCUGACAAGAUUGUCUACAUUAGAUCAAAAGUUGAGGAUCUAGAAGAUGACGUUAUUGAGCCAGUUGAUAUCAUUGUAAGUGAGUGGAUGGGUUAUUUUCUCCUCUAUGAAAACAUGAUCUCGUCAGUUUUAUACUGCAGGGACAAGUAUCUUAAACCCGGUGGACUAAUAUUCCCUGACCGUGCCAGGUUAUAUAUCGCAGCCAUAGAAGAUACAGAAUACAAGUCUGAAAAGUUUGACAAGUGGGAUGAUACCUACGGCUUGGACUUCUCGUUGAUGAAGGAACACUUAAUGGAGGAGGCGUUGGUGGAUUUUGUGGAUGAAAAGUCUUUAGUAACUAACUCUUUUUGUAUAUUUGAUGUUAAUCUUAGGGAGUGUAGUGUUUCGGAUACUGAUUUUGUCUCUAAUUUCGUUCUUAUUUCUGAGAGAAGAGAUUACGUUCACGCCUUUGUUUUCUGGUUUGACGUUACGUUUACCUGUUGUGAUAAACCUUUGACCCUAACAACCAGCCCUAAAUCCAAGUAUACUCACUGGAAACAAACUGUACUAUACAUUGAGGAGGUGUUAAACCUCCAACAAAAUGACUUAAUAAAUGGAAUCAUCGCAGUUAAAAAGAAUAAGGAUAACCCUAGAGAUGUUGACAUUAAGCUGAGUUAUCAGAUAAAUGGAACUGCUCCAAAUAACCUUAAGUGCCAUUACUAUCGCAUUAAAUAACAUUUUGGUCUAAUGUAUAAAAUUUAUAAGUCAUCAUGUACAAUAGAAUACAAUAUACAAUAAAACACAAUAUAGUAUAAUGUACUAUACUAUAGAAUAAUAUAAUAAAAUACAACA